GAUCAGAAACAAGGUCAGGAUUGGAAGCCUGGAGGGUUGACACUAAAGCAAAAGUCCUUUCUGUGCCUGGAAGACUCCCCUGGGGCUGGUGGGGGGGGCUGGGAAAGGUAGACCGAGCCUGGAGGCAGGGAGGCCGGAGGAGGCUGGUGGAGUAGGAGGACCAGUGGGGAGAAGGGAGCAGGGCAGGCCCCGUCGGUGGGACCGACGCCGGGAGCCAUCCCUUCCCCAGGAAGAAUGCUGUCCUCCCUGUGAGCGCAGCUCAGGCAGCGCAGGCCGCGCGUUGCCUCCCGCCAGAGCCGUUUCUGAGUCACACCCGCAGGGGAUUGUGCUGCCUCAGAAAGAGCCCUGGGCAGCCAGCCGGGAUCAAGGCCGAGGAGGCCGGCCGCCAGCCCGCGUGGGGUGUGGGGAGCAGCAGCAGCCUCCUCCCGGCCUCAGGUUCCUUCUCUGUGGAAUGGAAGAAGCGAUGACAGCCAGCACCUCGGGAGAGUGCAGGAGCAGCGAGGAGGUGCAGGCAAGCGGGGUCAAUAGUGGAUUGGUUCGCGCCAAAGACUCCAUCACCAGCUUGAAGGAAAAAACUACCCGGGUCAAUCAGCAUGUGCAGACGCUGCAGAGUGAGUGUUCUGUGCUGAGCGAGAAUCUAGAGAGAAGGCGGCAAGAGGCAGAAGAACUGGAAGGGUACUGUAGUCAACUCAAGGAGAACUGCCGGAAGGUGACGCGCUCGGUGGAAGAUGCUGAAAUAAAAACCAACGUCCUGAAGCAGAACUCCGCCCUGCUGGAGGAGAAGCUGCGCUACCUCCAGCAGCAGCUGCAGGACGAGACUCCCCGGAGGCAGGAGGCCCAGCUGCAGGAGCUGGAGCAGAAGCUGGAGGCCGGCCUGUCCCGGCAGGGCUGCUCGGGGCCGCCCGGGAGCCCCGAUGACCCCCCGCGUCCGCGCAGCCUGGCCUCCGGCUGCUGGGGAGCGGGGGCCCGGGCCGGGGAGGGCCUCGUCAUGAGUGAGCAGGAGGUGCAGAAGGUGUCUGCCGGCCUGGAGGACCUGAGGCGGGAGGUGUCCUCGCUGACCGCGCGGUGGCACCAGGAGGAGGGCGCGGUGCAGGAGGCCCUGCGGCUGCUGGGGGGCCUGGGCGGCAGGCUGGACGGCUUCCUGGGCCAGUGGGAGCGGGCGCAGCGUGAGCAGGCGCAGACGGCGCGGGGCCUGCAGGAGCUGCGGGGCCGCACCGACGAGCUGUGCACCAUGGUGGAGCGAUCAGCCGUGUCCGUGGCUUCGCUGAGGAGCGAUCUGGAGGGCCUGGGCCCUGUGAAGCCGAUUCUGGAGGAGCUGGGGCGGCAGUUUCAGAGCUCCCGCCGAAGUUCCGACCUCUCCAUGAGCCUGGAGCGGGCCCCCCAAGGCUCCUGCACCCGCUGUGCCAGCCAGGGGCAGCAGCUGUCCACGGAGUCCCUGCAGCAGCUGCUGGAGCGUGCCCUGACCCCGCUAGUGGAUGAGGUGAAGCAGAGGGGCCUGGCCCCUGCCUGCCCCAGCUGCCAGCGGCUGCACAAGAAGAUUCUGCCCAGUCAGGCAAGCCCAGCGGCGCCUACACUCCUCUCCCCAGGAGCUGGAGCGCCAGGCCUUGGCCAAGCACGUCAGGGCAGAGGCCCUGAGCUCCACCCUUCGCCUGGCCCAGGACGAAGCUUUGCGGGCCAAGAACCUGCUGCUGACGGACAAGAUGAAGCCGGAGUGAGGAAGGAGGCUGAGGGCAUGGGAGGAGGGGAGAAGGUGGCCUCCCUGGACUAUCUACACUUGAAGAUGUGCUCCCUCCAUGAUCAGCUCAGCAACCUGCCACUUGAGGGGUCCACGGGGACAAUGGGAGGAGGAAGUAGUGGGGGGACUCCCCCCAAACGUGGGGGCCCUAACCCAGAACAAUAAAUGGCCCCUCAUGCUGGCAUGAA